CUCCGGCAUGUGCGCAUGUCCGUGCACGUGGGCGCGCGUGUAUGUUUGUGCACGCGAGUCACUGCGCAUGCGCGGUGCCGUGCGCGUGCCCGAGGAGCGCCGGACGUGGCAGCGGCGGGAGCGAUGCGGACGGUGCCCUCGGGGCCGAGCGCGGGGCUGUGGCUGCUGCUGACGGUGGCGCUGGCGGCGAGCGGCGGCUCGGAGCAUCCCCGGCUCCGCGAGUCCGUGCUGCGGGACCUGGCCCGCGGCAAGGUGGAGACCUGCGGUGGGUGACGGCUGAACCGCCUCAGGGAGGUGAAGGCGUUCGUCACCCAGGACAUACCGCUCUACCAUAACCUGGAGAUGAAACACCUGCCUGGCGCUGACCCUGAGCUUGUGCUCCUCAGCCUCCAGUAUGAGGAGCUAGAGAGAAUUCCCCUGAGCGACAUGACCCGGGAAGAGAUCAACCAGCUGAUGCAGGAUUUGGGCUUCUACCGCAAGGAGACACCUGAUGCCCCUGUGCCAGAGGAGUUCCAGUUCGCCCCUGCCAAGCCUCUGCCAAUACUGCUGCCCCCCCAAGCACCCACCGCUAAUGGCAAGACCCCAUCCAAACAUGACAAGGAAGAACAUCCAGACCUCUAGCAAGGAGUGCCACACUUGGGGCAGGGUCCUGCAGCCAGUCCCGUGUAGGGAAUGAGGGUGCUAUGGCAGCUGGGGAUGGUGUCAAAGGGUGGCAAAGAUUUUUUUCCCCCCACCCUUCUUGGUGCUGGGUAGCCUCUUCUGCCCCAAGGAUGUCCCAGGCACAUCCAGCCUCAAGCAGGCACUUCCUGGACACUUGAGGGCAUUCUGAGGGUCCUGUGUUGCUGGCUGAUGCCCUCCCAUCCUUGGAGCCCAUUAUCCCUGGCCUGUUGGGAGGAGCAGCUUUCCUUGCAGUCCCUUGCUGUGCCCAGGGGUUUAGCUGCUCUCAGCACUGGGCAGCAGUAUCCUGCCUGCAUGGGACAGGAUGAAGCCCUCAGCAGAAAGCACUAGGUGCUAAGGGUAGAUGUGCUGAGUCCCAAAGGUGGGAGAGCUGCCCCAAGAAGAGCACAGCACAACCCACAGCAGGGUUAUCAUAUCCAGCUCCUAGUAAAGCUUUUAUUUGCAGUCA